AACGAGUGUUUACAUAAAAAUUGAGGUUUGCAUAUAGAACCCGUGUAUCAACUUAGUGUUUCGUAACAAACUUCAGGAAUCUCAAUAUAUGUAGAAUGAGAAUUUUGAAAAAAAAAAGUCGAAUAAGGUGCAAAAUUUCAGAAAACAGCUUCACUUAAAAGAAAUGUGAAUGUCAUUUCAUAUUAAAUUUACUAUCAAGGAUUUGAAUAUUUGGAUGCCUAUUGUCUGAACUAUCGGAUAGUGGUUGUUCCCAAGAAAAUAAACAGAAAUUUACUGAAUAAUGUUUCUCGUUACAAUUAGCGUUGUUUUCAGAAACGUCGAUUUUUCUCCUGGUGAAGCAUGCAUACGAGAAGACUUUGUAUCUUUUUUGGACGCAUUCGGUCAACUUUCGAAGAAUACUCUCGCGGAGGGCACAGAAUCAGAAGAAAGUGAGGAUGAAGAUGGAUCAAUGGCUUAAAGGACUGCUGGAAAAAAUAAACGAACCGAUGAAGAAUUGUCUCUAACUGGAUCUGCCAUCGGGGGGAUGUUCUUGGAGACAUGAAGAAAAUGAAUCUCCGAAUGGAGAAAUGCGCUUCGAUAGGGACUGAUGGAUGUGCGGUCAUGCUGUCAGAUAUCGGAGCAGUCAACGAAAUUCGGAAAGAAGCAAAAAAUGCUGUCAUGACUCCGUGUUUCUCGCACAAACUCACCAACAGUAUCUCAAAGUCAGUGAAAGUACGAUUAAUCGAAAACGUUGCCAGUGCCAUACGAGAAGUCGACAAAUUCUUCAAGAACUCAUUUCUAAAACGUGUGACUGUAUUAUCAAAAAUACUUGGUGAAAAAAUUGUCCAGCUGUGUGAAACAAGAUGGGUAGAGAGACACGAUGCUGUCCUUCAAUUUGUUGCGAAGUUACCGUUGAUCAUCGAAGCUCUGUCAAAAAUCAAAGAUGAAAAUCCCAAUUUUAAUUACUUUGGGUCACUCGGAAAUGAUUGGCUACACUAACAACGAGUAUUUCUACUAAAAGACGAGAAUGAUGUAUUGACUUACGACAUUACCAGCUGGUCUAUCGCACAAUGUUUUCCACGAGCGUUAAGUUCAAAAGCCAUGAAAACCAUUAAUGUGCAGGCGAGACAACAUAGAAUAGAUCUAUUUCGCUUUCACUCACGUAAUUAACGCCGCCAUAAUGCUCUAUCCUUGUCGGAUCCGGCUGCUUCCGACUUAUAUAAUACCUGCAAUGCAAAGAAGACUUUGGGAAAGUUUCAGCCCGAUAGCUUCAAAACUGAGAGACUAGUUUGCGUAGAAGCAGACAGACAAAUGGACAGACGGACGGACAUGGCUAGAUCGACUCGUUAAGUGACGCUGAUCAAGAAUAUAUAUACUUUAUGGGGUCGGAAAAGUUUCCUUCACUGCGCUGCAAACUUCUGACUGAAAUCAUUACACCCUUAUAAGCUUGGAAAUAACAUUUUGAAA